CCUUCUUCCCACAACUACAUAUCUCUUAGCACAUCUGAAAUUCAGAGUGGUAUAGCUGGUGAGUAGAUACGCAGACAGAAAGCUGCAGUUGCUGUUUUUCCCUUCAGCGGAGGACAGAAACACCUAGGUUCUUUCAAAAGGAGUUUGUCCUGGUUUCCAAUUACAAGCUUCCCAAUUCAGUUUUUUUAAAUGACCAGUGGAGAUUUGCCGUUCCAAUAUGAUAUCGGAAGAAGAAGGAAUUAUGAAGGGCGUGGCCAGGAAGUGCAAAUUCAGAACAUCAAAGCAUAUGUUUGUCAACCUGCUUCUGAUACAAACACAGCUGUGAUUUUGGUUCAUGACAUAUUUGGGUGGCAAUUUCCAGACACAAGAUAUGUUGCUGAUAUAAUUGCUUCUAAUGGAUACACAACCAUCUGCCCAGAUUUUUUUCUGGGAAAGGUACCUUGGACACCCAAUGAUCAUUGGCAGAAAUUUGGAGACUGGUUAAAGGAUCGAGAUCCCAUGAAAGUGGACAAGACAGUCGAUACGGUCUUGAAAUAUUUAAAAGAGCAGUAUAAUGCAAUCAGGAUUGGUAUUGUUGGAUUUUCCUGGGGUGGAAUGGCUGUACAUCACGUGAUGCUAACAAAUCCUGAAUUAAAGGCUGGAGUGUCCCUCUAUGGAAUUAUUAGAGAUUCUGAAACUAGAUAUAAUUUACUGAAUCCAACCUUUUUCAUUUUUGGCGAGAAAGAUCAUACAAUUUCUCUUCAACAGAUCUCUUUGCUGGAAAAAAAACUUGCAGAAUAUUGUAAAGUAAAUUAUAAAAUUAAAGUAUAUCCUGGACAAGUUCAUGGUUUUGCACAGUGUAAGCCUGAAGACACAAAGCCAAAAGAUGUGCCAUACACCGAAGAAGCAAGAACGGAUUUAAUAGAAUGGCUGAACAGAUACAUUAUGUUUUAAAGUGACAUAUCCCAUAGUCCUCCAACUUCCACAACAAAAUGCCCUUUAUUUGUUUUAAAAAAACUUAUUGUAAAAAUUGUAGGCUUGCCUAUUAGAAUCUGAAGAAGGGAAAAUGCAUUUGAAAGAUAUGGCAAUAUUAACCAUUGAAUAUCUGUUGUUACUGGAUUCAUUAUUGUAUUAUUCCAUUACUUCUAUGGAAAUUAUACAUACUUGAAGAUUUUUCCUAUAUUA